AAUGAAAACCACAUAGUAAUACCACUCCACGUUAAGCUUAGUUUCAAUUAGGUUUGAGACGAAUAUAAUUAAGGAAAUAAUUAAAUCUCGUUAAUCAGCUAGCCAUGGCGGCCAUCUCGACCUCAUCAAGGGUUGUGAUUGUUUCACUACUCGUUUCCCUUCUUGUUCUCACACCCGUCGAAGCUGAUGAGACGGUAAACAACAAUCCAGAACAGACUUCUCUCCUCAAGAAAAUAGACUGUGGCGGAGCAUGCAGUGCUCGAUGUCGUUUAUCAUCGAGGCCUCAUCUGUGCAAGAGGGCAUGCGGGACUUGCUGCCAGCGUUGCAGCUGUGUUCCACCGGGUACCGCCGGCAAUCUUGAGACCUGCCCGUGUUACGCCACCCUCACCACCCACGGCGGCAGACGCAAGUGUCCUUAAAACAAUCCUCUAUCUUGAAACUCAAACAAACGUGCUCAUAUGGGGCAUGCAGGUGCUGUAUAUAUGGGAAUUGAAGGUGUUCAUGCCUUCAGAUGAAUAAAUAGUAUGUUUCGAAAUAAAUAAAAAUGUCACUGUGUGUUAUUAAAGCUACA